CCAGUGCCACGCCCACACCCCCGGCGAACGGCCGAUAACAACAAAACUAAACAUUAACCAACACCGUGUUAGACUGCGAGCCGCCUCCAAAACAACGUUGACGGCUCAUCCUCAUCAUGGCGACGACCGGCUCGGUUCGGUCCCGAGGACGGCUGUUGUGGUGCCGCUACUUCGCUGGGAUCGAUCACGUGGGCAGGAAGUUUUCCGAGAACGCCGUUGGACGCUGGUUCCGUUCUGCCUCCUCGUCGGCGCACAAAGUGGACGCCAGGAAAGAUGCUCACUCCAACCUGCUCUCCAAGCAGGAAACCACCAACCUGUACAAAAUCCAAUUUCACAAUGUGAAACCCGAGUGCCUGGAAGCUUACAACAACUUGGAGGCAGAGGUGCAAAAGAGGCUCCAUCACGAUGAGGAUUAUCCGUGCGAGGUGGUGGGAAGCUGGAACACCUGGUAUGGUGAGCAGGACCAAGCAGUGCACCUGUGGCGUUACAGGGGGGGCUACCCUGCCCUGACGGAAUGCCUCGACAAGCUCAAAGUCAACAAGGAAUAUUUGGAAUCCCGCAGAGAGAGAGCAAAAAUGCUCCACGCCAGGAGGAAUCAGCUGCUGUUGGAGUUCAGUUUUUGGAAUGAACCCCUUCCUAGACCGGGACCCAACAUCUAUGAAAUGAGGAGCUACUCCCUCAAGCCAGGGACCAUGAUCGAGUGGGGCAACCAUUGGGCGAGGGCCAUCAAAUACCGGCAGGAGAGCGACGAGGCCGUGGGCGGUUUCUUCUCGCAGGUCGGCGACUUGUACGUCGUCCAUCACUUAUGGGCAUAUGAAAGCCUUCAGUCUCGAGAUGAAACCAGGAACUCUGCGUGGCGCAAGGAGGGAUGGGACGCCAACGUGUACUACACGGUGCCUCUCAUCAGGAGCAUGGAGUCCAGGAUAAUGAUUCCCACCGCCAGUUCUCCAUUACAAUGACGACGUCAACUUGAAAACAAAAGACAACAGCAGCAGCGGGAAACGACAACAACACUGUUUCCACACUGUUGGGCCACAACAUUAGGUACACCUCCGCCAUUUAAUGACUUCCAAUAGUAGUCGUACGGAAACGGUGUUCCACGACUAAUUGAUACCCACUCACAGGCUAACAAAGUAGUACCUUUAUAGUAGAGAGUGCAAUUGCCUGUCUCGAUGAAGCUCCUCUCCUCAAGUCAACGUAGUUCUUUGGUGCCACAAGAUGGCACCCAAGCAAUACUUUUUAAUAUUAAGAAGACCUUUGGCCUGAGCACAAAAAACAACAUUAUGAUCGAGAAGUGUGUGUGAAAAGUCAAAAUUGUCUUACUGCUAUGAUGUCUACAAAAAAAUACUUUAAAA